GAACGAUGAUGGCGACACUCGCGCGAGCGCUAUCACGACUGCGAGUGCGCGCUCUGGGUGUUCCGAUUCUUCGAAAUCUAUCUCGCGGCAAUUUUUCCCGCGCCUUUAUCAGACCGAUUCGAACUUGCGGCGGGUUGGCGAACCGAUAGAUCGACGAGUCCGAGGACGAAGGAGAGCCUCCACCAGGAUGGAAAGCGAGAGGAACUCGUCUCAGGCGGAGGGCAAGUUGAAAAUUUAUUUGACGUACGGCGUCAUUCUGCUCGUUAUUUUUGCCAACGCCGCGUACAAGGCGCCGAGAGACGGCGGAAUCGCGUCGCUGAUCGCGACGUGCUUCGUUACGUUCGUGUUUGCAACGAUAUUUCUGCUCUGCGACGUAGCGUUGCGUCCGUGCCGGACGUUGGUCUCGUUGGCGGACGCGAGUCAACGGGCCGGCGGGAGUCUCGCCUCGCUGGCGAGCUGUAACUUCGCCCUGAACACGGCGUCGGCGACGACCGUCGUCAUCGGCGCGCUCUUAUUCCUGGGACUGACCGUCGCCACCCGAAGGUGCCCGCUGAACUACGUAUGGGACUUCGGACCGUACGUGUGCAUCCCGUCGAUGAUAUUCUCUUUCUGCUUACUAAGGAUGAUCGAGUUGGCCGACUGGGAAGGUGAACCGUGUCCUCUCAGCGCGAUGAAGGGCUUGGACUACGGCACGGGUAUGGCGUACAGCUACUAUUACGGCUACCUGCGAGUGAUCCUGCCGUCCACCGGCACGGCCACCAAGGGUAUCAUCGAAAAGAUUGAGAAUUUCGAGGACAACCACAACAUCACUUUUCCGGUGCACAGAAUGUUCAUCUUGAUACCGUCGUCGGGAUACAUUCCACCAGAUCUAAAAGACGCGUCGUGCCAAUGGAUGGAAAGCGCGCAAGAACUGGAAGCAGAAACGCGCAACCGGGCCGGCACCAUACGCAGAAACUAUCAUAAUAGCGCGUACAAGAUAUAUCCUGACGGACAGAAAUCGAGCAAGCCAAAAUACGUGGUGGUGGAAGGUGCGACACCUUUGUUAACGUACUAUGAAAUACAGAAACAUAAUCAUCCAGAAUCCGCGGUGUACCAACGAUACAAAAAACAGAUACAGAAGUCACUUAAGGAACGAAUUACAAAGCGUCACAUCAUUCAUAAUUUUCAAAGGAAGACUGACGAUCGCUAAUUACGCGUUAGCGCGUCCACAUUCAUGGCUUUACAUUUCUUAAACGUAAUUCCUUAAAUGUACGUGUUACGUUGCUGAAUCGUAACCUCCGAAAAUUUGCACACAAUAAGCAUAAUUGAGAAUUCGUCUUUACUCCAUUAAAGAACAUUGUCUCU